CCCCCCCCUGUCAACAUGUCCGACUCGGAGGACCCAGAAAAGAAUGGCUUGAUCACCAUUCCGAUUGAUCGCGCCUUCAGCGAUGGGGACAAGAAGAUAUGGCCAAAGCAUUUUGACUGGGAGGAAGCCGCUGAUGACACUCGCUUUCGCGAGAAAUUGGCAAGGCUGUGGCUGCAGAAGAUUGGUGCUUUUGAGGAGGGAGUGGAGUACACAGUUGAUCAGCUUCCAGAUGGCUAUGUAAUGAUUGACAGGCCACGUAGGGCCAAUCCGGAAAUUCGUGAUAGGUUCCUCUAUGGUCAUCCAAGUGGCUACUAUUUCGAUUCUUGUGUAAAAUUUUUCCCGCACUUCUACUACCUAAUGACUGGUGGGACUUCUCAAUGUAAAUGCGUACUAUGUACCAAGAUGGACAAGCACAAGCAGUACAAGGCUCCUAGCCAGAAAAAGACUUCCACCACUUCCACGACAAAAACCGGUGUUGCCGCCGCCGCUGCUGCUGCUGCUGCUAAUAAUACUACUGUUGUACGACGAGGGCCCGGCAGGCCAUGGGUCCGCCCAAUCGCUGAUGUCGAAGGGACACCGGAUGUCUUUAGAUUGGCAAUCAAAAAGCUCAAAGAGCGUGGUACCCUAGAUGAACCGAUUGAAGAGCCAGGUAGUAUGGACUGGCGAGCAGAACGUACGCCCCUUGGAGAGUAUCUUGAGAAACUUACCCUGCAGCCGUCCUAUGUUCCUCGAGCGGGCGAGUUGGUACUAUGGAUUCCGAGCCUGGACGGUGAACUAAGAUGGAACUUCGCCAAAAGCCGGAUUCAGAUCUUCUCGCGUGACGAGAAGAAGUGGCUAGGCGACCCUGAGUGGUGUGCCGGCGUCAUCACUCAGACUCCGGAGGAAGCCAUUGUAAUCCAUGACCUCCAACACACUACAGAGAAGGCUUGGGACCUUAACUACUCUGGGUUUCGCGUGGAGACCUUUCCAGACCCGAACAGCACCGAUAAAAGCUACUCUUUGCAUUAUAAAUACAUUCCACUCAAAUGCAUCAAGCCUUUCAAUUCAUUGGAGCUGUUCUGCGAAGAUAUAGAACAUGCCCACCCAUCCAUCCGGCAUGCCAUGGUUGUCAUGUCUUCCUUCAGCUUAUUAGACAAAUAUCGCUUCAAAGGCACCUGGCCCAACGGGUCGAUAUACUGUCGAGGCAUCUUUCUGGGCGCGGAGCUGUUGGUUGUCGGGGAUGCUGUGCGGCUCAAGCCACGAGGGUAUGACGUGGAUAGCGAGGUACUAAACGAUGCUGUUGAUGUUAUGGUCAUAGAUAGCAUCCGACUGGUGCUGAGAAACUGUGCCGGGGAUGUUACCAAGGCGGAACAACUCGCGGAGCAAUACAGCGUUCGCUUCCAGGGGAAGGUCUACACGAGGUUUCCCAAACGAGCAGAUAAUCAAGCGUCACCACUCACUCCUUUGACUCACGACGAGAUUGUGAAUGCUUUCCAGUACGUGGGUAUGGGAGGAUACGGCGCAUGGUAUCGCACCCAUUCUCCCGAGAAAAGCGUGGAAGUGUCGCAAGACAUGAUCAUCGGUCGGUGCUACGAGCCUGAUGCCAUGAACCUCUUGUUCGGCACCCUUUCGUCCGAAAUGGACCUACAUGGCGUGGUAAGCAUGCGGGAGUUCUCAAGACAAGCAGACGCCCGGAUCCCCGAAGGGAAACACUGGUUCUGGGGCGACUACCGCGCCGAAACACUUGCGCUUCAUACUCUGAAUGGAGAAGACGUCAGUCAUUACAGCGAUGCGCGAGACGUCAAGAUGUGGCGCGCGACACUGAAAGUUAUCGAUGGUACUGCCACAAACGCAGACGUCCGCGACGCGAAGAUCCCACAGGAUGUCGGGCGGCCUCCCCGGGAGACCAAGCCGAGCUUACCCUUCGCCGAGGUGCGCAAGAUCAGCAAGCUCGUCAAUACCGGCCUUGCUACAGACUUGAGUACCAACGUCAGUUCCGCAGAGGAGACGAACGAUGACUCGGAAUCCGAAGUGGACUUCUCGAUACCGCUCCCGGUCAGAGGAGGUACCGAAGAGACUGAGAUGGGAGAUUACAUCCCUGACGAUGAACCAGAGCCCAAACGACCAAGACUUUGAAAAUAGAGACCCUAACGAGGAAUUGCGGGCAUUCUUCUAUGGUGAUAUCUUUGAACUCUUCAGCCAUGCAGUUAUAGUGAUGCAAUACUAGCCAGAAUAUUUCAGGCAAU